CCGCCUUCCGGAGCCAGCAGGGCGGGGCCCGCGUUUAACUCCGAGGCAACGCUUCCGCGAGGAGCGGUAAGACUGAGCGCGGCCAGUGGCUUCUGGGGCUUCUCAGCAAGCGAGGUCCGGAGUCAGGGAGCCCUGCGGCAACGAGGCCAGGCCCGGAGGCUGGUAGGAGCGCGCGAGUCCGUUGGUCGGCUCUCCGCAGAGAGGCGCGGCCGCGCCGGUUCCCGGCCCGGAAGCGGAAGUGCGGGCACCGGGGGUCCUACCCAGUGUAAGCGCCGCGGGAGAGCCAGCCGUUUACCGGCAGCGAAGCAUCCUCCCUGCUCCCCGCGUGGCCUUCGCCGGCCCCGCCAUGCUGUCCCUAGACUUUUUGGACGAUGUGCGGCGGAUGAACAAGCGGCAGCUCUAUUAUCAAGUCCUAAAUUUUGGAAUGAUUGUCUCCUCGGCGCUAAUGAUCUGGAAGGGGUUAAUGGUCAUAACUGGAAGCGAAAGUCCGAUUGUAGUGGUGCUCAGUGGCAGCAUGGAACCUGCAUUUCAUAGAGGAGAUCUUCUCUUUUUAACAAAUCGAGUUGAAGAUCCCAUACGAGUGGGAGAAAUUGUUGUUUUUCGGAUAGAAGGAAGAGAGAUUCCUAUAGUUCACCGAGUCUUGAAGAUUCAUGAAAAGCAAAAUGGGCAUGUCAAGUUUUUGACCAAAGGAGAUAAUAAUGCAGUUGAUGACCGAGGCCUCUAUAAACAAGGACAGCAUUGGCUAGAGAAGAAAGAUGUCGUGGGGAGAGCCAGAGGAUUUUAUCAGGAGAACAGAUCAGUGGAGGACAGGAAUUGUAAGUUAUCGGUAUGAGGAAGUAUCCGAUUGUUACUACCUUCAUGUUAUUAAUGGUAUUAACAAUAACUCACAUUUUUUAGGGCUUACUGUAUGUCAGAGACUCACUGUCAGCGCUUUGCAAGUAUUACCUCCUUUUAACCCCAAACAACCUAAUAUUGCCAUUCCAUAGAUGAGGAAACACAGACGAGUUAGAUUGCCUGUCUGAGCUCACGGUGAUGCCGGUAGUGGCUGGCUGACUCUGGGGUCCACCCUCUUAAACCGUCAUACCAGAACCACUGGCAUAACGCUUACGAAGUGGGGAGCUGCUGGUUCUCACUAUUUAGAUGCCAUACGGCUCUCCUACCACUGUCAGAACAUCUGCUCCUUCUGACCUAGAACAGACACUGGGUCCAGACGGCCAUGCAGAGGAGCCCUGUCCCCGUGGAGCAGCAGUGACGAGUCAUUAAAGGAAAGCUGCCUCAGGGACGGCGCGAGAGAUCCUCGGCCUGGGGCCAGAGGGAGCGAACCGAACAACCAUCGGGGUGUUUUGUCUUCUGCAGAACUGGGGUUCUAUACAUGCCUCCAUUUCAAGGGAACUUGGUUUCCUGUGAUGGAGCUAACCGUGCUUUAUAAUCCAAAUUAAGUCGCCAGUGUUCCUCAGAAGUCAGUCUCCAUCCCUGUCCGUUCCCAAGGUGCUGCCGAUGUGGUCAGACUCUUCAACCUCUGGGAGUCUCUCUGUUUUUCCUUUAAUAGUAAAUGUACAGAUUGCUGUAGAAGCAUAAGGAAGUAACAGCCAGGAGUAGUCACUUCUGUCCUUCCCCUCCCCUGCAAAUCUAACUUCGGGUUUAUGUUCUUUUCACCCCUAUAUAUAAAGAUACAGAUGCUAGUAUAUAGAUGUAUGUAUAGAUAAACACAUGUGGUGGGGGAGGGAGAAGGAAGGAUCACACUGUUUGUAAUCUUUUUUUUCAUCCCCUAAAGUUAUUAGUAUCUUUGCACACCAAAGGAUUAUCUCUAUAUCAUCAUUUUCAACAUUGUGUGCUAUUCCACUGUAUGGAUAGACCGUAUUUUUAUUCAGUCUGACUCCUGUUGUUGGACACUUUGUUUCCAUUUAAAUGUGAACAGUGUCAUGAUGAGCAUUCUCGUUACAUAUAUCUCAGUGCCUCUGCCCAAUCAUUUCUUCACAGUAAAUUAUUAAAAGUGGAAUUACUGGGUGAAACAUAUACUUAUUUUAAGGCUCUUGACAAAUUUUGCCAUACUGUUUCAUUCAUAUUCCUACCAGAUAACACAGUAUCUCUUUGUCUGGAUCUUGAUUCUAAGGUAUUUGGUGCAGCUGUCUGCCCACUCUGGCCCCUGUUUGGGUAAAAGAUGUAGCAUCCUAUGAAAGGAUAAGAGAGCCUGGCUUUCACUCAAGUAACUUGUCUUUCCAAAGAAUUUUUGAAAAAUCUUUGAAAAAUCCCAAAAUAUAAUGUUAUUUAUAAAAUUCCAACCUUGAAUAUAGACCUUUUUGUGGCUUUUAAUAAAAAAAAAAGUAAUAGUCGGCACUCCCUGAAUUAAGUAACUUUCCAUGAAGUGUAAACAUUUGGAACAUGAACAGCAGGAUUAUAGAAUCUUAACUUUACAAACUUACUUUCCGUUGAUUAUGCCAAGACCUACCUUGAUACUUAAUGGGGCAUAUCACCUCCUUUAUGGAAAUUGUUUAUAAAAUACUAAACUGAUAUUUAAAAGUCAGGCUGUACCCAGACCUUGAGGCUAGAGCUUUUCUGCAGUCUAGUCUUUGACUGUGGUACAUGUCUUUUAUGCAUUAAAAAAAAUUUUUUUUCAGUAGCUGCACACUAAAAUAUUUUACACUGAGGCCUAAGGCCCUAGAUAAAAACUAAUUUUUAAAAUUUUUAUGGAGAUAUAAUUCACAUAUAUUGGGAUAUGAAGUCCACAAUUUUAAAGUGCAUAAUUCAGCAAGUUUGAUUCUAUUCAUAUAGUUGUGUGACCACCGCCACUACCUCAUUCCAGGAUGUUCCCACAUCCCAAAAGGAAAACUCCAUACACCUGUGUAGGCACUCCCCAUGCCUGUUUCCCUGGCACCCACUAACCUACUUUCUGUCUCUAUGGAUUGUCUGUUCUGGACAUUUUAUAUAAAAAACCUUGUAAUACAUAGUCUUUUAUGUCUGGCUUCUUUCACCUAGCGUAAUGUUUUCCAGUUUCAUUCAUGUUGUAGCAUAUAAUAAAAAUUUUAGAAAAUAAAACUAAUACUGAACCAACUAAGUACUUAAUACGGAUGAUUGUUUCUAAAUUCAGAAAGUUGAAAAACACAAACGAAGAGGAGCAGAGAGCAGCGGGGGAAGAUGUGGGGGGCUGGCAGGUCAGGGCACAGGCGCAGCAAGAGGAGGAAUGAGAGCCGAGGAAGCGAGCUCUCGACUGGAGUCGGUUCAAAUGUACUUCAUCGUUAAAUCGUGCUGGGGCAGAAACAGUCAUUUUUAAGUCAGCUACUGGAAUCCAGGUGUCCCAGAUGUAGACUACUUUAGACAGCUGACAAAAUUAUUUUCCCCCAGGACGUCAGCAGCUAGUUCUCCCUCCUGAAGCCCGUUCCUCAGCAGCGCCUGUGAUCCCGCGGGCUCUCAGAGACAUGCAUUCUUCCACACUCUGCCUACUAGCAGUUACCUUGGCACAGGCUGGCAUUGGUGUUGGCCUUGUGGGUGGCUUUUGUUUUACUUAUUUUAAACCUUCUGCUUAUUAUCAACCCUCCUUCAGUAGAGUUUAUCUGAGCCGAGUAGGGAAAAAGCGCGACUGAUGUGAAUCGCAGACGGCUCCUGAUGGAGGCGCUGUGUAUUUAACAGCUCUUUGCCGUCUCUGUCCAUGGAAGGAAACGGUGAUAGAAAUGGUUGUCUUUUGUUUGACUUUGGACUGCCUGUCACAUUCUGGCAGCCUUAUAUCUUGUUUAUAUUACUGUUGAAGAUCAAGUUGCUACCAUUUCACUUGUUAUGGGUAAGGAAGAACCUACUUUAGGGGAAAAAAUGUCUCUGUGGGUAAUUCAUAAGCAGACUGUAUGGCUCCUGGGAGCCGAAGGCUGUGGGGCUUUGAGCAGAGACGCAACGGCGUGAACGCCACAGUGGAAGUCUUAACCCAUGAGAGUGGCUGCUCGUUGGUUUCCAGUCCAGAAUUAUCAGCCUUAUACUGUUUUAAUAAGAUCAGAUGCUUGUAUAGCUUUCAUUCUGCAUUUUACUAUAAGGCAUCUGUCUUUACAUUUUUAAAUUGGGUGAUUUACCUGCACUGAGAGCUGUUGGUCUAGUGGAGGCGCUAUAGAUGAGACAAAAGAAGUAACAGAGUUAUUGCAUUAAAAAGAAAAAAUAUGUGUAUUAAAACUAGAAACUUCUAUCACCCUCCUAGAGCUUAACUCUGCUGUUCUGUAGUGACUGUUGCUUUUCAGCCUCUAAAGGUACAGGGGGUUUAAACUGAAGCAUGGGCCCUAAGAGGGAAUAUUAUUUGCCACCACAUGCCUGUUCCAUGCAGUUCACUUGCUAGAAUUGUGCUUCAUGUACUUUAAUGUACAGAAUUAUCAUUUGGGCCCCACCUUCCAGAGAUGCUGUCAGUAAAUCUGUGGAAGAUGCAGCCUUCUGCAUUUAAACAAGUCAUCCAAAUGAUUCUGGUAAAGGAGGUCUGGGUUUUAUGCAACACCAACUUACAGAAUGGGAGCUUGGGGACAAGGAGAGAGAGGGGUCUUGGUGAUACCACCAGAAGGAAUGAGAACUGGGAGAUGGAAAGUAAGAGAAAUUCUUAAAAGCAAGUGAAAUGCACCAAAGACAAAAUUUCCGUUAGUCAAGUUUGCAUAAGGCUUUGCCGGUGGAGGUGUAGCAUGGGAAGUAAUUUGCCGGUGCACCUUCGGUGUGGUGCAGAGGCUGUAGACGCCCUGAAUAAAGGUCUCUGGGCUGGUUGAAAAUACGCAGUUCAGUCCCCACUGUGUCCCAGCCCCCCUUCUCCAGGACAGGGCUGCCUGCCCACUCGAGCUCAGCAGGGGCAGAGGAGGGAAAGAAGGAAGCUGUUUGUGUGUUAACUGCUGCUUCCCCCCAAGCCAGGGGUGCCCUGGCAAUGCCCUCUUGCUCUCCUGAGUUCUUGUGAUCAUGAGGAGUCUUGUGUCGAGGGGAGAACGAAGUCUGGAGAGAAAAUGAGAUCCUGAGGAAAAGGAGAGACCUGGACAUUCAAACUCACUCAGGCAGAAUCACUGGAUCCCUGCUACGUGCGAGCUGUCGGGUUCGGCCUUGAGGGUAGUACAGUGGGAGCAGGGCUGGCAUCAAGUUUGCCCUGAUAGAACCUAGAGUCUCGUAGGGGCGGCAGAUGCUGUAUAGCUUCUCAUACAACUAAUCAUGUAAUUUAAACUGUGAGGAAGACUUCAAGGGAAGUAUAUCAGGUGCUGUGAGGUUAUUUCAUGGGUGGUUUUUACGUAGUUCGAGGGGACAAACUGUAGGGGCAAAAGGGAAAAGCUAGUGAAUGAAAAAGGACAGCAGCCAAGAGAUAGAUGGAAAAAUAGAUUUGUGGCGCAUUACAGAAACCAAGGAGAAGGGGGUGUCGGGGGCAGGUUUGUAGUCAAAGCCAGAUGCUGCAGAGACGUGAAGGAAGCUGAGGGCUGAGGCUGGUCUGCUGCAUUUGGUGACUGAAACUGUUGUAAUGAAAGGUUCAGGAUUAAGCGAGCCGAAGGCAGGUUACCUACCGAUGGUUAAGAAAUGAGAGGGUGGUGAAAUGUGAAGUACUGUGAUAGAGCUCUUACACUCAACUUGAAGUACCUUGUAAUGUGCUGGCUGUGUUUACCUGUCUCCUCAGCUAGAUUGACAGCCCCCUGAUGGCAAAACCAGACCCUCGCCCUGAGUCGGCAGGUAGCAUUAGAGUCACCGACUAGAGGUCUCGGACCUCGGACCUGCUACUGGUCCCGCAGAGAAGCCGCGUGCCUGGGGCAUGAGCAUCUGUUUCCUCAUCUAUGAAAGGGUGACGUUCCUAACUUCCCUAUCACAUGGGCUGUCGGAAGGAUCUAAUAGGAUGAAAUAUACAGAUGGACUUUGUGAGCUGAAAAUUAGUAUUCUAGGGAAGAUACUGAGAAUAUUCAGUAAGUGAUAACAGCUACUUAGAAGUUCUGUGCUGAUUAGUUUUUUGUUUGUUU